AUGCAGCUGAUUCAGAAUAGAUCAAAGUUCUUAGAUAACAAGUUUAAAACUGAGGGACAAGUAGAGAGCAAAAUUAAGCAACUAAAGCAAAAUAUGUCAUAGAAGAAUAUUACCUAGCUACCGUUUCUGGCCAGAUAAACUUCAGAGAAAAAUGGUAUGACUCUUCAUAACACAGUCACAACUAUUGAUAACUCAAUGCAAUCUACAAAUGGCCCUAUUUUUAAGAGGAAAAUGUCCUAGCAAAAGAUUGACACCAAUUAUUACGAUGAGACACCAUUAAUAAUGCAAGACACCAAUGCCCUCUAAGGCUCGAAAGACCUCUUAGUGAACAAAACUCGACCUCUUGUGGACUAAAUUUUCACACCUUUCAGAAAGAGAUAUGCUCUGAUUAGUGAAGACGAGAAAAAGACAAUCAACAGUUUUAUCAUUAAAGUGGACCCUAGAGCUCCUGAAGCCACCAAGAAGAAGUAAAAUACUAAAGCUAUAUUAUUGAAAGAAUGCGCAAGGCCUGCGGAAGAUGGGAAAGUAGAUCCUGAUGAUGAGAAGAAAUACCUAAAAAGCAAAAGCAAACCUAAGAACAAAAAUAUAUAGACAAAGAGCUUGAAGAGAAUGUAGCUUUUGAAGGAACUUAAUCUAGAGAUGGAAGUAAAGAAAGCUGCUUCUUCACCAGACAUACCUUUGAGCAAACACAACCUGAUGUUUCAAACUGGUUCUUAAAUAUUUUCAAGUAGUAUCAAUGGCCCUUAAGAAUAUCUAAAUUAAACCAAUAAUUAGAGUAUUGUGAACAAUACAAGCAGUCAAAUAAAUACAACUCCUAUUCCAUCCUCUCUGCGAAAAAGCUAAUCUUUCUAUUUCAACAAAACAAUAACAGCACCCUUUUUUAAAUCAACUUAGGAUUAUCCUUCUCCCUAGAUUUUCAAAUAUGACAAUAGUGUAUCUACUAGGCAGUUUUUAAUGUCGACUUAAACAUUCCAUACUAUUACUGAGAUGAGCUAGAGUAGAAAUGGAGAUGUCUAGAGACUUGGCAGUAUUGUUUCAGAAUGUGGCACACUCACUAAGGGCACCAAUAUGUCUCCAUAUUUUUUCAAAAAGAGGAAAGUUACUAAGAGAAAUCUUAAAAAACUGUCUAACUCAAAAAAUAGAGUACUUUUAAAAGAUCUUGCUUUGUGA